CGCCACAGUACUCUAUUCCCAACUCUCUGUCUCUCAGAGAUCAAUAAAAACCCUACCUAUGCUCUCACAUUAACUUAAGUUCUAACAUCAUGUCCUCAACCCAGAACCCUUUCGAGGACCCCAUCCACGGUGCACCUGCCACCGGUAUUCGCGGCAUGCUCCGGGGCUUGUCAGUACGCCAACAGGAGAAGAGCCAAGAAAAGAAGGCGGCGAGACUGAGAACGCAAAAUUGGACACUCCCGGAUUCUGGGGAGUGUAAGAGUUGGGGUCUGGAGGAAAUCCAGCAGGAAUAUGAAAUCCUGCUUAAGAAGUACAAGGAGACUACCCGAGACCAGAACUAUCUGGUCAACGCGAGCAUCAGCAACAAGAAGGCGAUAUCCAAUGCUGGCAAUGUGGCCAAUCAGUGCCGCGAAUGGGUUAACGACUGUAAGAAGACCUUACAGUCUCUGGAGGAGGCUCUACGCCUCAUCAUCAACAAGAAGGAGGCACAGGCGGCAAUUGCGCAAGCCUGCAAGCAUCCAGUGCCAGACAAUGUUCACCUGGCCAUGAAGGAGAUCAGUGACGCCGAUAAGCGCAUUGCUGCUCUUCAGGCCCAGAUUCGAGGCUACGCCGACGCUCUGCGUCAGUGGCUCGACAAGGAGCCUGGCUUUUAA